UUAUAUUAGUGCAGAACACUGUACCUUUAAUUUAAAUGCCCUUGGAGUCUGCUGGGGAAGAGAAAUAAUACUGUCAGUCAGUAUGACAUGCAGAUGAGUGCCGUCGAUCUUAGAAUCACCGCACACUUCACUCAUUUGGGCAGUCACGGGGCCAAAACCAGAGUGUGGAGCCACAGUGUGGCGGUGGAGGCAGCAGCAAUGGGAGGCCAUACAGCACCCUAUGACAAAAUGGAACCCACCAGCAGUGUGAGGAGACCUGAAAGUGCACAUGGCAGAGUGUGGCGAUGGAGACAGCAGCAAUGGGAGGCCGUACAGGGACCCAUGACACACUCUGGACCUGGCAGCAGCAUGAGGAGGCGGUACAGGGGCCCAUGACAGAUUACGGGCCUGGCAGCAGCAUGAGAAGUCGGUACGGGGGCCCAUGGCAGAUUACGGGCCUGGCAGCAGCAUGAGGAGGCGGUACAGGGGCCCAUGGCAGAGUGGCGGAGCGUAAGCAGCUAAAAUUGAAGGCCAUACAGAGGCCUAUGUUAAAAAACGGAAGCCGUCAGCAGCGUGAGCAGACGACAGAGGCACAUGGCGCAGGGUGGCGGUGGAGGCAGCAGUAUUCGGAAGCCAUACACAGGC